AAUCAUUUAUAUUUAUAGAGACGGUUAUCACUUUAAGGAACAAGAGCCAAAGGUCCCCUCAUAACAUCAGAGGGAGAAAAGCCUUCAGUCUAUGUCACCAGUCAUGGAGUGGAUCCCUGCAUGCUUCCUGCUGUUGUGUGUCAUCAGCCUGAGUAAUGCAAAGAGCAGUCCAACAAUCAACACUUUACUUGCUAGGGUAUGCGAAGACGCACCUAAAGAUGCCCAUGCAUUUAAAAUAGAUGCAACAGAUAAAGAUAAUGACCCAUUGACAUAUUCUCUCUAUGGGGAAAAUGCCGUAUACUUCAGUGUUGACAGUAAGACCGGAGAUGUGACCGUUUCAAGGACGCUUGAUAGAGAGAUUAAUGAUUUAUUACUACUAGGAGUUUCUGUUUCAGAUGGUCACUAUACUACAGAGAAAGAUAUAAGUAUAAUUUUACAAGAAGCCAAUGACAAUAGACCCAUAUUUCAGGGGUCUAAUUUUGACAUCCCAGUGAAAGAGAAUAGUCCAAUAGGUUCAACUUUGUUUAAAGUGUUGGCCACUGACGAGGACAUUUCACAAGGUGGUCAGAUUAAAUACAGAAUUGCUGAUGUUACCCCGAGUCAUGGAUUGAAACUGUUUAAUAUUGUUCUCACAACUGGUACUGUCACAUUGACCGGGGCGCUAAAUUACACUGGACUGAGUAGUUAUUAUCGGCUGACAAUUAACGCAACUGAUGGUGGGGGCAGAUGUUUUUACAAUGAGACUAAUUAUUACUCAAGCAUUGCUUAUUACGUUAUUACCGUUUUGGACGUCCCGGAUCUUGACCCCAAAUUCUUGGGCCUGCCCUACAUUGGGAGUGUUGAGGAGAAUUCAGUGGUGGACCAUUCUAUUUACACAGUGACAGCCAUAGACCAAGACACUGAAAUCAAUGAGAAGAUCAUAUACAGCAUUGAAGAUUCCACUGCAGAUGGGCUGUUUAAAAUUUCGAUCAAUGAUGGCAUUAUUUCUGUGGAUUCGACAAUCGACAGAGAAGAAAUUGGUGAUAUUGUUACCCUGACUAUCAAGGCCACUGAGUCCCAGCCAAACAUCCACGGAGUAUAUGCCAGCACCACAGCUCCAGUACAGAUCAACAUCAUUGACAUCAAUGACAACAAACCAGAGUUUUACAAAUGUGAAGGCUCAGGAGAGCUGCAAACUUGUGAUAAAGCAAGUCAAUUUAAAGUGGACAUAAAAGAGCACUCAUUGGGAACUGUGCCCAUUAACAUGAUGGUUAAAGAUGCAGAUAAGAUUAAAAACAUUAAACUAACUCUGGAGGGAGCAGACAAAGACAUGUUUUCUGUCGAGCCACAAUUUGCUGCGGCCGACAGCGUCGUUCAACUUUUGAUCAAAGAGCCACAAAAACUGGAUUAUGAAGAAACACAGCAAAUGGUUGUAGAGGUGAUUGCCAGCGAUCCAAAAGAAACCAGAUUUGUCUCCACUGCCACAGUUACUAUUAUGAUACAAGACAUCAAUGACAACAAUCCCAAGUUCCCAAAGGAUAAUUACUUAAAUUUAACAGUGCCUGAGCACUCUGACGUUGGCACUGUGGUGGCUACGAUUACCGCAGAUGAUCCUGACACAAUGGACAAAGGCAACAUCACCUACAUGCUUCACCCGGAAAGCAUACGGACUUAUUUUGAUGUGGAGCCAAAUACAGGUGUGAUUUACGUGAAAAACAAGACGCUGUUGGAUCGCGAAGUGAGACCUUUGUACCCUGGCACUCUUCAGGCCAAAGACUCAGACGGCAAGCCUGACACCGCAUUACUGGAGUUCAUAUUGACGGACAUCAACGACCAGCCCCCAGUCAUCAACAAAGAAUAUUAUCAGGCUUUUGUUAAAGAGGGUUCACAGCUCGAACUUCAAGUAGAGGCGACUGAUGCAGAUGAGCCAGGCACAUUAAACAGUCAAAUUGUGUUCGCAAUAGUGCCUAGCAUGUACAGUGGUUACUUCACCAUGGACCACAGUACUGGAGUGUUGAAGAACCAGUUUGAACUGGACCGUGAGACUUUGGAUGCUGAGCUGAAGGGGAAGAUUGAGCUCAAUGUUACAGCUACAGACAAGGGUAUGCCUCCCCUGUCCAGCAUGGUCAGAGUGAUCAUCAAUGUGGAGGAUGUCAAUGACAACACACCAGCAUUUAAAAACUCCUCAUACAAAUUCAGUGUCCAAGAAGGGGAAGCAGGUGCAUUUGUGGGGACUGUCCUGGCUGAAGAUUUGGACCAAACAACAGACUUCAACCGGAUAUCGCUUCGCAUCAUUGCUGGAAGUUUUGACAGUUUCGCCAUUCUCACCACUUCAGAAGAGCAAAUUUACAUGGGGAACAUCACAGUGGACCUGGGCAUUGAUCUGGACUACGAGAGCGCUCGGCAGAAAUACGAGCUGCAAGUAGAAGCCACAGAUCUGGGACAGAAAAAGGCAGUGGUGAUGGUGGAGGUGGAUGUGUUGGAUGUGAAUGAUGAAAGGCCUGAGUUCUUGCUUUCAAACCCUGUGAAAGUCAAAGAAAACACGACGCUAACUGAGGCUAUUGGGAGAUUUAAGGCAUGGGAUAAAGACGGAAACCACUCGCUGAUCUAUGAGUUGGAAUCCCUCAAGUGCAGAUGCAACGGCUCUCUUACACCUUGUGAGUGGUUUGUCCUGGAGCCGACAGGAGACGUGGUGGUCAAUCCCGAACACACACUGGAUUAUGAGCUGUGUGACCAGGCGCUUAUGGAGGCUCAGGUGAUAGAUGAGUACACUGAGAAAGGGGAGAACAACAGUCUCAUUGCAGGACAAAUGAAGAUCAACAUUGAAGACAUCAAUGACAAUGCACCACAAUUCAUCUUCUCAGAUUCUGUCCUUGUUGUGGUAUCAGAGACUGCAAGCAAGGGGAUAUCAGUUGGGGGAGUCAAAGCAAGUGACCAUGAUACAGGAAUUAAUGCACAGCUUGAGUUUAAAGUAACCGCAGUGCGAUAUGAGGACAUCAACAACCAAACAAGUAGCGAAAGGUUUCUGUUUGAGGCAGUUACCACGCAGCAAAAGGACAUUUACAUUGGGAUUAUUCAAACCACUGAGCAGCUUGAUGUCAAUCAGAAAGGGAAAUAUUUGGUAACAGUGUCUGCAACCGACACUGGCGGCCUUUCCACCAAUAUGACACUGGAGAUUUUCUUAGUUGACAAAUCUUAUAAAGUUGAACUUCGAUUCAGAGGGACGGAAGCUGAGGUUGAAAAAAAUAAGCCUGCUAUCAUCAGGGCACUUACAUCUGCCACCAAAGCAGUGGUUCAGAUUAUUUCCAUCAAGACGGACACUUCUGAAGAAUCCAGGGCUUCAGUUGGUGCAAUAAUGGUGACGUAUUUUCUCUAUUCGAACGGGACGGCUCUCACGUCAAAUGAAGUGCAGUUGAAGAUUGCUGAACCCCAGCAUGCUAUUGCAUUGGAAGAGUUAGGCCUCGUAUACAUUGGUGGUUCAUCAGUAAAAGUUCCAGAAUCUGAAACUCUGAAAUUCACCCUGUUUGGCAUCAUGGCAGGUCUCGUAAUUGUACUGGUUGUCCUCAUCACUUCACUGGUUUGCACUCGCAGAAACUACAGGAGGAAGCUCAAGGCAGCAAAAGCCAUGAACUCUGCAACCAUGGUGGGAUCUGACAAUCAUAGAAGUGGCCCAGUGGUGCCAGGGACCAACAAGUACACCAUGGAGGGUGCAAACCCUGUUCUCAAUCUCAACAUUGACACAGCCAUGGUCCUGGACCUGGAUGGGGAGAGCUCAGAUGUUGACAAAGUCAGCCUUGGCUCCCUGGACUACAGCGAUGACUUGAACACAUCUGAGAAUGAUGUAAAACCUGUAAUGCAGCAAAUCCAGGAAGAGGAGGAACUGGAGGAUAAUGGGCCACCUGAGUACAUCGAACCUCUGGGUGCGGCUCUAGCCCAGCGGAGCCAGAAAAAAGGCUUUGACAAUCACAGAGUGGGUAUCAGCAACCCUGCAUUCAGUACCACAGACCUGUGAUGUGAUGGUGGACAUCGACCACAUGUAACCCCUAUGCAAUCAGACAACCAAAUUGGCAAUCAAACACAACAUUGUAGUGUUGGCUGAAGACCUAAAAACUUGGAUGGACAACUUGGACAGGGAUGUUGCUGAGAUUCCCGUAUAAGAUGUGAACAUUUAAGUGGUGGACUGACGAUUGUGAGUAUUCAUUUUCAGCAAAACUAAAAGAAAAACAAAAAAUGACAACAUAUUAACAAUGUCACAAUACCACAUUGGCAUUUACCUAUGCAUUAUUGUAGCUUUUCUAAGCAAACAAAUUUGGAUAGUAGCAGUACUUUUGUAUGAUUCUCCCAUGUUUUGGGAAACCUCUUAAAUUAAAGCUGAAAAAAGAAUAAUUAUCAUAUUUAUUGUCAUCAUAGAACACACUUUAUACAUGUAUAUACAUUAAAUGUAUCCUCUGCAUUUACCUGUUACAGUAGUGAUGCAUAUGCUGGAGCAGGGACCUCAUCCGGGGAGCAUUUCAGGAUUGUGAACUAAGGGCCCCUAAGUGCCAGCCAAUCAAUCUUGAUUCAAAUCCAUCGUGUUGCACAAAAGACUAAAUCCCCAAACCCUUGUAAUAUACGCCUGGACCUAACUGUAAAUGCGAAUGAUACUAUAGUAAAUUUCCAAGAUCAGCUUCGAUUGGCUCAAAUGUAACGCCCGUAAUGUAAAUGUAAUGUAAUUUGUUCUAUCAUCUAUUUCAAUCAAUCAUUCAUUUUCCAACACAGUCUUGCUACUUCCUGGAGACGAAGAAAAGUAUCACAUCCUGGCUAAAACUGUGGCACUGAGCUUGUUUUUGUCACAGUAUUCCUUUAAAAUGUAAUCACACUCAGAUAAUUUAGAGGACAGAAACCAUCAGAAAAAGAGAAAACACAUUUUAUGCAGACUGGAAUCUUUAUUUUGGUCAAUAUGUUAAAAAGCAGCAAUUUGAAAACAGAAUGAACUUUAUCAGUUAGAGAAACACCCAAUGCAAGUGAUGCCACCCUUUGACACAAAAAAAAAUGCAUAUUGCAUUGCCUCAGUGGAUGACAUGAGAUUGUAUGUUUGACAAAAUGUUUAAAUAUAUACCUUGUUUGCUGGUGUUUACGUUGACUGUGUGACUUCAUGCAGCGUGAGCUCAUUAGAAGCAUAGAAAAAAAACAUCUAAAUGAAUGUAUAUAUAUAUGUAUAUGUACAAUGUAUGCAAUAAAUGAAUGAACUCAAA